AUGAAAUAUAUUAUUACUACCAAGUCUGGCUAUGUAUUUUCAAAGGUUCAGUACGAUGGUAAAGAGGUAUGGAAAAAGAAUACAACUAUACGUCCUACCCGUAUAUUUAUAAAACUAAACGAAUCUUAUUUAAUUAUUUCAACUUCGGAUGGUGACACUUUGUAUUAUCAAUAUGCUAAUAAGAAAUGGACUCUUCGAACUGAUAAAAAUACUGAUGCAGUUGAAACCGAAACUGAUCAGUUAAUCAAAAAAUUAAGAGAAAAUGGCGAUACUGAGAUAGCUGACUUAGUAGAAAAAUUAAAAAAGAUAAAGACUCAAUGUCACCUAUAA